UCUACGAAAAAUUUCAAUCUUUGGCUCACUUCUUCUUCCUCACCAAAACAGCCCUUAUCCUCUGUUCUUUCAUUUCAAUAAAAACUUUCUAUUUAUAUAAGAUUUUUAAGAUCAAAUCAAAAGACAAUGAUAAGAAAGGAUCCAAGAUCAAGCUUACCACCAGGGUUUCGAUUUCAUCCAACAGAUGAAGAACUCAUCCUCCAUUACUUGAGGAAGAAGGUUUCUUCUUCACCAGUCCCGCUUUCAAUCAUAGCAGAUGUCGAUAUUUAUAAGUCUGAUCCAUGGGAUUUACCAGCUAAGGCUCCGUUUGGAGAGAAAGAAUGGUACUUUUUCAGUCCAAGGGACCGGAAGUAUCCUAAUGGAGCAAGACCAAACAGAGCGGCUGCGUCUGGAUAUUGGAAAGCCACUGGAACUGAUAAAUUAAUCGCGGUACCAAACCGUGAAGGGUUUAAUGAAAACAUUGGUAUAAAAAAGGCUCUUGUGUUUUACACUGGAAAGCCACCCAAAGGUGUUAAAACCAAUUGGAUCAUGCAUGAGUAUCGACUUGCCGAAUCCAUCACGCCCAAAAGAUUGACCCAUGCUAGGAACGGUGGCCAAGUCAAUAAUUUGGGAGAUCUGAAUUUGAAGUCUAAAGAAUACUCAAUGAGGCUGGAUGAUUGGGUGCUUUGCAGGAUUUACAAGAAAUCACACGCUUCACUAUCAUCAGCAGAGGUUGCUUCAGCUACAAGCGAUGAUCAAGAACAUGAGGAAAAUGGCAACGAACCAUUUGUAGUCAGCGAACCCCUUUUGCCAAACGAUCAAACCCUUAAACGCCAGAAGUCUUCUUUCUCCAACUUACUAGACGCUACAGAUUUCACGUUCUUGACAAACUUUCUAAACGGGACUCCGGAAAAUCGUACUGAAUCAGACUUUUCUCUCAUGUUUGGAGAUUUCGCAAACCCUGACAUCUAUGGAAACCGUUACCUGGAUCACAAGUUACCGAAGUUGAGCUCUCCAACUUCAGAGACCAAAGUUAUCGGAAACAAAAGAGAACGAUUGGACUAUUCUGAAGAAAUGAUCAACACUUCGAAGAAGAUGAUCAACAACUUUAGUUACAAUAAUAGCAUGGAUCAUUUGGAUCAUAGUAUGGUUCAACAAUCUAGUUUCCUGAAUCAGGAAUUCUUGAUGAGUCCUCCUCACCUUCACUAUCAAGGCUAGAGAUGUUCAAAACCCAAUUAUGCGAAUUAGGGCCCAUUUGAUGAUUGAAAAGUAGGAGUUGUUACUAUUAUAUAAAAUUACAAAAGUAUUGUGGGGAGGGGGAAAAUAUAUAAAAUAGUGGUAGUCGAUAUUUGAUCGUAUCAAUACAACCAUAUUUUGAAAUUUUUCGUAUAAUUUUAGUUCCAUCUCUCUUUACAA